CCGAUGACAACAGUCUUUUGUUCGUGAACAUGAACUCAGCUGCGUUCUGGAUAAACUGUAAUGGACUGGACAAGUGACCAACCCUCUCAGUGGAAACCCGGAGUGAACAGAGAGGAUGCCAGAAGGGGUGAGGCGGCAAAACAGCCAUCUGCAAAAGAGCAACUGGAUGAAUAUUUAAUCAGCCUGCAAUCCAGGAACAGGGCUCUGAGAAAGCUGCAGGUGAAGGACCCGAGGCAGCGGGAGCUAGAACAGCUGGAACAGGGCUUCUGCAUCUACAUCAAUGGUGCUAAUGCUAAUCUGGCUAAUGCUAAGGGCAGUCAGAGAGCCAGUCAUAGAAAUACACACACAGCAGACACUGAAGAAAGGAGUACAGAGAAUAGAUAUGAAUUGACUCAUCACAUCGUGAGGAGUCACACAGCACCUGAGAGAGCAGGACGUAGAGAAUGGGUCCAGAAAUCAAUACUAAUCCGAACAGAGAGUGGGGGUUGUGUGAAGAUAUGUCCCAAAAAUCAAUACUCAGACGAUUUUGAGCCAAACAAGAGUGUAGACAUGGAGGUUGGAAAAGAGUGUAAGGUUCUGUGUGUAAAGUCUCACUCAGAAUCAGAACCUGCUGAAAGGUUCCUGCUCAACCUCGACCAGGUCAAUGUGUUGCGGCGCAGCCUGGAGUCCAGUGUGAAGCAGAGCAUCCAUGACUCUACAGAAGAGGAGUCAGAGGACGAGUGGAUUGAAGAACAGAUUGAAAUGGACGACAGUAAUGACAGCAUCACUGACAUCACCCUCCCCUCCUCCCCCAAACCAAGCCAACCUUUUAGAAGUCAGCCCAGCACCAGUGACCUCAUAGUGCUGGAUUUUGGCCCCUCCCUUAUAGGCCGUAAGAUGGAGCAUUGUCUCUCUGCUAAGCGGAAGGAGAAUGUUGAAUCAUAUAUCCCCACUAAACCAGCUCUGUUGAAGAAGAGAAGCAAAAGGUCAAACAGAACCGGGCAGGACACACCACGUCCUGGUAGUCAUUUAGAGCGCCCUCUGUCUGCACUGCAUAAAACACAGGGGGAGCAAGACUCAGAGGUGACGGUGCUCAGUGUGUUCCAGGCACUACAGAAAGAGAACUCUCCCUUACACACACCUUAUAUUGCAUCAGACAAAAAGCAUCAUACACUCUCACCUGAGCUCCAAGACCCCCGAGAUCUACAGAGGAAUGUGUUCAGCUUCAGUCCGCAUGUGACCUGCUCCAUCACAGAUCAGCCAGACAUGAAUGAUAAUAUUCAAGAGAAGGAUGAUGAAGAGGAUGAGAACCACUUAAUGAGAGCCAUGCAUAGGAUCACACUACUGGGGUCAAGUCAGCAGAAGAGGUUGUUGAAGGCACUGGAGAAUAUUGAGAUAGAGGCUCAGUCCACAGUUUCUCAAGCACAUAUUAAUAUCAGCAAUUCUCCAACAACUAGGAGGCGGGGCUCAGCAGAGGCUAUUUAUGUUACCAUGGAGAUUUUGUCGAACUGGGGUAACAGUGGACGAGUGGGGCUGACUGAGGUCCAGUUCUUCUGUAAAAACAACUGUAAACUUUACGUCUCUCCACAAGACCUGGACAUCCGGAAUGCUGAUGAUCCCGGGAACCUUGCUGCGCUCGUCAAUGGCAAGACACAAACCACUAAAGAGCGGGACAUGUGGGCGUGUUGGUUCCAUGCCCCAGUGCAGUUGUACUUUGUGGUGAGAAACACACAGCGCUCUCCGGACUUCAGCAUUGCACGCAUUAAAAUAUGGAAUUACAAUCGCAGCCUGAACGAUCUGGCUGUAGGAGCAUGUAAUGUGCGUGUGUACGUGAACAGCACACUGGUGUUUGAUGGUCAGUUAGAAAAAGGCUGCGGUAACCCGGUGUUCGAUUACAGCACAACCAUCAACCUGGAAGAACUCCAUCUCCCAGAAUGCAGUUCUCCCAGCACUGCCUGCUUCAGCCCACAUCACUCUGAAGACCUGUGUCAGGAUCCCAGUCCCGGACAGACCGGUCCCAGGUCCUUUCUUCUAAAGGACGUCCGUGAGCGAUCACAGAAUGAAGGCAGUUGCACCCCUGAGAGUGUUAAUGUUAACAGCAGCAAUAUGCUGACUGACUCAGACCACGUAGAUCUAGGGAAAAGCAGGGAUGCGGUUACCACAGUAACCACCCAGCCAGCCUCACGCAGGGCCAGAGAUCACCCCCCGUGGCUGGAGCCUCAGAACAGAAACAAUAGCAAACAAAAACACACAGCGAAGCACAAACUCUUGGUCAUGGAUGAUGUAUCCUGCAGUCCGGCCAGUGUCUGUGGCCACCAGGUGGCACCGCUUACAAACACAGCGGAGAGAAACUGUGAGACUAAACCAGAGAGUGACUCGGAUCUGUUCGAUACAUUGCUCAAGGAGCAACCCCAUGUACCAGCAGCCAGCGGCCGCAGAGGAUCUGCACGUUCACAAAUCAGACAACCGAGUCACGAUGCAGAGAGGUCAGAGGAGCUUGGCCCAGAUGCCUGUGGUUACCAUCGUCUGCGAUCCAGCUGGCUGAACAAGGCAGAUGACAACAAACCCAUAACAAAGACAGCAUUACCGGUCUCCUUGACAAAGCUUGAUCAGACUGAAGAUGAUGUUUUUGACGAGUUUCUCCAGCGUUGGUCCCGCCCUUCUGCUGUGACACCGGACCCUGUGACCUCUGACCCUGAAGAGGAGUUUGAGAUUCCGGUUCUUCCACAAGGGCGGCAUCUAGUGAUGCGUAUCCUGUCAACAUGGGGAGACCGUCGCUAUGUGGGCCUCAAUGGUGUGGAGAUAUUCAGUGCCAGCGGUGUGCCAGUUAAACCGCUCUGUGUCACUGCUGUCGUGAACGGACUACCGGAGGAUAACGGCAAUGUCUCCAAUGUGAUCGAUGGCGUCCAGCGCACACAGGACGACUCCCACUUGUGGCUGGCACCAUUUGUGGCAGGGAGGCAGUGCGAGAUCACACUGGACCUCGGAGAGGUGCAGCGCCUUGCCAUGAUCCGUGUGUGGAACUACAAUAAAUCCCGCAUUCACUCGUUUAGAGGAGUGAGAGAAGUGGACAUGCUGCUGGAUGGACAGAUGAUCUUCAGAGGAGAGAUCGCUAAAGCAUCUGGCACACUGAUAGGAGGUUUGGAUCAGUUUGGUGAUACAGUCCUCUUUACCACCGAUGAUGAAAUCCUGGAAGCCAUGUCACGCUUUGAUGACACAUUUGUCUGUGGUAAUGUGGGGGUGGGCUCUGGAGCAGAGGGGGAGGAGCUUCAGCGUCCUCAGACUGCAGAUGAUGAAGAAGAAGAAGAAGGACCACUCACACAAGCUGGAUUUAGUGAGGACAAUAAAGCUGAGAACUGGGACACUGCUUUAGAGCCAUGUGCUGAUUUAGAGAACCCGAAUUCCGGUCUUUUCACAGGAAAGAGCGUGUGUCUGUCUCUGAUUUCAACAUGGGGUGAUUCUCAUUAUUUGGGCCUCACCGGGUUGGAGGUUGUCGGUAAGGACGGUGAGACCAUCCCUGUUGAUUUGUCUAAUGUAAAGGCAACACCACGUGACCUCAAUGACCUCCCAGAGUAUAACGACGACCUCCGUACUCUGGACAAGCUGUUUAAUGGACAGAACAUCACCACUGAUGACGAGCACAUGUGGCUCAUCCCCUUCACCCCUGGCUCUGAUCAUACCCUCUCCAUCCACUUUGACCAAUCACAGACCAUCGCUGGCCUCAGGGUCUGGAACUACAACAAGUCGCCUGAGGACUCCUACAGAGGGGUGCGGGCUUUGUGCGUUUAUGUGGACGAAGUGUGUGUGUCUCCACCAGACGGUUUCCUCAUCAGGAAAGGACCAGGGAACUGCCACUUUGACUUUGCUCAGGAGAUUCUAUUUAUUGAUUAUGUCCAGUCCUCCAGGGUGUGUAAAAACAAACCCACAACACACACACAGAGGAGUGAAGAGAAGGCCAGUAUGGAGUAUGAGGCUCCACUCAUGCCGUGUGGAUUUAUUUUUCAGCUGCAGCUCUUGACUACGUGGGGUGACCCUUACUAUAUCGGGCUGAAUGGCCUGGAGCUUUAUGACCACAACAAUGAGAGGAUCCCUCUUAGUGAUAACAACAUUGCUGCAUUUCCGGACAGUGUGAAUGUCCUGGAUGGUGUGUGUGGUGAUGUGCGAACACCAGACAAACUGAUCGAUGGCAUCAAUAACACACAUGAUGGACGUCACAUGUGGCUCUCUCCGGUGUUGCCUGGCCUGGUAAAUCGUGUUUAUGUGAUCUUUGACAAGCCUGUGACCAUCUCUAUGAUCAAAUUGUGGAAUUAUUCCAAAACACCACAUAGAGGAGUCAAAGAGUUUGGGCUCCUUGUGGAUGAUCUUCUGGUGUAUAACGGGAUUUUGGAGUGUGUGUCACACCUAUCCCGUGGAAUUCUGCCUACCCUUGACCCCAUCGUCCCCUAUCACACUAUACUGUUCACAGACAACAAACACAUCAUACACCGUGAGAGGAACACCAUUAUCAGCAACCAUGUGGAGGAUCAGGAUGUGAAGAUGACCAAUGAUAACCAGAUUGUUCAACACCACAGUAAGAAAAAAACAACAGCAGACCAAGCACUGAGACCCAAAACCUGCAUGACAGACAUGACCAAAUACAGGACACGCCCAUACUGACAUGGCCACACAUACUGUACAGUGUGUGUAAGAGGAGUCAGCUGUGGUCAAGUCACACACACUCGGACCUGUUGCAGUCCCCUGCUGCACUGUGUAUAGUACUGUUGUGUAUAUUCUCCUGGUUGUGUGUAUUAUAGUUGUAGUAAUAUUCUAAUAUUCAGUAUUAUAGCUGUUCAUAUGGACCUUGUGUUUAAAUAAAGUCUCUACACUAAGUG